ACAACGCCACGUAACAUAAUUUGAUUUAUAGAAAAUUAUAAAAUUAAAUUCCGGUAUAAAUUAGUUAAAUUGUUGCACAGGAUAUCACCCACCGUCCUUAUAUAUUAACUAAUUAAGGUAACAUUCUCGUCCCAAAAUGGGGUCCAAUCUAUAACUGGAAAUAGUCCUUAAUUAAGUUAGUUAUCUGUCGGGUUGGUUAGGCAACUGCAGCAUAUAAAUAACAUGUCGCCCCCCGCCAACAACUACAUCUCACGAGUCCCACAUUUAAUUGUAAUCACAAAGGACAAUAAGCGAAGGAGGGAAAGAGGAGGGUGGUCUUGGCACUGCACGCUUGAGAAAAUGUCCACUGCAGGGAAGCCUAUUCGAUGCAGAGCUGCGGUUGGUCGGGCACCAGGGGAGCCUCUGGUGAUGGAGGAGAUUAUGGUGGCGCCGCCAAUGCCUCGGGAGGUUCGGAUUCGAGUCAUAUGCACCUCCCUAUGUCAUACUGAUCUCUCUAUCUGGAAACUAAAGGAUCCUCCUGGAAUGUUUCCAAGAAUUUUUGGUCACGAAGCCAUCGGGGUGGUGGAAAGUGUGGGGGAGGAUGUGGAUGAAGUAACUGAAGGAGACACUGUCAUCCCCAUAUUUGUGUCAGAAUGUGGAGAAUGCGAAGAUUGCAGAUCAAAGAAGAGCAACCUGUGUUCAAAACUCCCUUUCAGAGUAUCUCCUUGGAUGCCAAGAUAUGACAGCAGCAGAUUCACUGACCUUAAUGGAGAAGUUAUAUACCACUUCAUGAAUGUGUCGAGUUUUAGCGAGUACACAGUGGUGGAUGUUGCCAAUGUAGCAAAAAUCGAUCCCUUGGUGCCCCCAAACCGGGCGUGCCUUCUCAGCUGUGCAGUUGGAACAGGGGUUGGCGCUGCUUGGAAAACAGCAAAUGUGAAGGAAGGAUCGACUGUUGCUAUAUUUGGGCUUGGCUCUGUUGGAUUAGCUGUUGCGGAGGGAGCUAGACUAUGCGGAGCUACUAGAAUUAUUGGUGUAGAUGUUAAUCCAGACAAAAAAGAAAUUGGAAAGAAGUUUGGAGUCACAGACUUUGUCAACCCUGGAAAUUGUGGAGAUAAACCUGCGAGCCAGCUGAUCAAUGAGAUGACUGGUGGGGGAGCAGACUAUUGUUUUGAAUGCAUUGGAGUAGCAUCCUUGGUGAAAGAAGCAUAUACUUGCUGCCGAAAUGGUUGGGGGAAGACUGUUGUGAUAGGAGUAGCCAGGCCGGGGUCAGAAUUGGGCGUUAACUUUCAAGAUGUCCUUGAUGGAGGGGGGAAGAGCAUCAUGGGAUGCGUCUAUGGAGGAAUCAAAGCUAAGUCUGAUAUUCCCAUCCUCCUCAAGCGUUACUUGGACAAGGAACUGCAAUUAGAUGAGUUCGUCACGCACGAGAUACAGUUCGAUGAAAUCAACAAAGCUUUUGAUUUACUUAUUGAAGGACAGUGUCUUCGAUGUGUGAUUUGGAUGAACAAUUGAGAGACCUCCAACUAUAUAUAUAUAGUGUGGCCAAAUCGGGUUUUGGUGCACCAUAUGUAAAUGAUGUCUGUCCCCUAAGUAAUCUUAAGCAAAUAAUGGACAGCUCUUAUUGUUUUCUGUAAAAUGCAAAAUUACAUAUGGAAUAUAUA